GCUGUAUUGACUUGGCGAGCACAUGGAACUUUGAAGACAUCGGAGCGAGCAGAGAACCGACUCCUUUCUAGAACUGCGCACAAGGUCUUGUUCUAGACUGAGGGAUCCGCUGACCAUACAAAGACCGCCUUGACUUGUUUACGGUCAGAAGCUGUGGGAACAAGAGUCCGGUCUUCAGACAGCUAUAAAGAGCUUCACAGCGUCUGUAAUCUCACACCUCUCCGGCAACUAUCAACUCUCCACAUUCUCAGUGCACUACGGGCCCUGUCCUAAGGAGCCGAAUCGAACUUCAGAGUCAGGAGUCCAUAUUCUACCUGGAGACGCUAGUGGAUUCUCCAUAAGUUCUCAGAGAGCACGACAAUCUCGAUCAGAUCCGACAUUUGAAGCUCUGAUCUUCCACCACGAGGGUGAACAUGAAGGUCCAGGCCUUCACCUGUUUGUUGAUGGUGGUCAUCGCCACGGCUUUGAAUGGAGCCGUCGUGGAUGCAAAGAAGCCUAAAGUGAUUGAAUUUUACUUGCAUGAGCAAUUUGUCAGUGAACCAGGAUAUCCGGCCACUGAUCUUCUGGCCGCAUCUGCCACUGGCAAUACAUCCACAUACGCCUUCGGAAACCUUGGUAUCUCAGAGCAGGUUGUCAGAGAAAGUGCCAGCAACACUUCGACCAUCAUCGGCCGAGCCCCAGGAACUUUCCAGCCCAACAAGGAGGAGAGAACCUUCGCUCUGUACAAGCUGAUCACCUUGCAAACACAGGAAUGGAACGGCACCCUCCUCGUCUUCUGCGACUGGCUGGGACUUGCAGACUCCAACGAAUGGACCGUCGUGGGAGGAACUGGAACAUUUAGAAUGAUGAGAGGAUAUGCCAUCAACACAAAAGCAGCUGGAGGCGCCGGCACUAAUUCCAUCACAUUCAAGUGGGAAGUUUAUCUAUACUGAUGAAGAUGUUCUACUGAAGAGGGCAUCCAUUCUGAUUUUCCUCAGUGUUUCUCAACGGCCCGGUGGCCGGCGAUUCUGAUUCUUUCACUGGCUGGACGGGCUUGUUCUUGGUACCUACACAUGCUCAUGCUUCCGGCGAUAACAUUUGAAAGCUUUUAGAAGACAGUAAUAAGCCAAUUAGUAAUCCUCUUUCGAGCUAGACAAAGAGAAUAAAGGUCUGUUAUUUUUUUGAGAAAUGAAUUUUGUGCGCAAUGAUGACACUGCCGUUCAGAGUGUA